AUGCCUGCCCGAAGGCCCAAGGCCUCGUUUGAGCCUAUCCCACCUGACUUCGAUCUCCGCACCUUUGUCGAAAAUGCGGAUAACUUCCAAUAUGUCGACCGCAUUUCAUACGAGAUGAUCUCUCAGCAGGGCAUUGAGAAGUUCGAGAAAUUAGUUCUUCUUCACGUCAUCAUUGGCGGCAAGCCGCUUGUCAUCGAUGGAUUUGAUGAGGUAUUGGAUCCCUGGACUUUCACUCCCCAGUGGCUUAGGGACAAUUGCGGGGAUAAAGUGGAGAACGCACGCAAUUUGACCACCAAGGAGAACAUCCCCCUCACCAUCAAACAUUACUUGAAGAACAUGGGUCGCCUGACAGACCAAUACUUUGACGGCCCUGAAAACUAUCGUGAUAAGAAUCGCCAACGAAUCUAUCUCAAGGACAUCGACUGUCCGCCAGUUUGGGAAGACAAACUUAAGGAGCAUAUUCCUUCAUUUCUCAACUACCUAAACGAAAGCACUGGUGAAGUUGACGGGCCAGGAGCAGUGGAUGAGCCGAUCCCAAAGACCACCCGAAUCCGUAAGGGCCGUGGAAUAGCGCGCGCUGGAGACCUGAUGAGCAGUCUUCCCCCAGAGAUGAGGGCAGAAAAUCUGAUGUGCUACAUCGGACAUGAGGGUACUUACACACCCGCACAUCGCGAGAUGUGUGCCUCUCUGGGUCAAAACAUUAUGGUCGAAGCUUCUGAGACUAUGGGAGAAGGCGGAAAACCCGAGCAGCGCGGUUCCUCGAUUUGGUUCAUGACGGAAUCGAAAGACCGCCAAGUUGUUUCGGAAUUUUGGCUAUCUAUCUUGGGCCACGACAUCGAAGUGGAAAAUCACUUCGCCCAGCUUAUUGCUUGGAAGCGCGCGCUUUUUACCACUUAUGUGGUCGAACAACGCCCGGGAGACUUGAUCUUGAUUCCACCUCUAGCCCCCCAUCAAGUCUGGAAUCGGGGUACACGAACUAUGAAAGUCGCGUGGAAUCGGACGACCGUGGAGACCUUGCAAAUGGCCCUUAUUGAAGCUUUGCCCAACGCCCGUCUGGUCUGUCGUGAUGAACAGUACAAAAACAAGGCCAUUGUGUAUUACACUCUCCUAAAGUACUCCGGACUGCUCAAAACAGCUCGCGCUCAAGUGGAACUGGGUGGUGAACAAGCGGAGGCAUUGCAGACAAGUCACAAAGUUCGUCAAGUACAAAAGGACUUCAAAAGACUGCUGGAUCUCUACAAGUUGAUUUUGCUCUCUGAGAUGUUUGGGCCAGAUACCCGGGAACACCCCGAGUUCAUUCCAUUCGACAGUAAUGUCACAUGCGCCUACUGUAGAGGCAACAUUUUCAACCGGUUUCUAACAUGCAAAUCGUGUGUCAACGGUCUCGGUACUGAAAACGAGGAGCCAUACGAUGUCUGUAUGGAAUGUUAUGCUAUGGGCCGUUCCUGCGCUUGCCAGUCGAACCUGACAUGGGUUGAACAAUGGAAAUGCAAAGACCUGCUGCACAAAUACGAAGAGUGGAGGGCACAGGUUGUCGAGAUUGACGGAGGCGUGAAUGAGAAGUCUCCAUUACCACUCCCAGAAGAGCGGCGAUAUCUCGGAAAAAGGACGCUGGCCCAGGUCUGUCAGGGACAGCUCAAGGCCCGGCCAUGGGUGGACGUAAAGCAACCGAAACCCGCUGACGAUGAAGACUCUGGCGAUGAGAUUCAGGUGAACGAAGAUGGGAUAGUGAAAAAAAUGGUCAAAAAGAAGUCCAAGCAAUGGUUGGCUUCACACAAGUCCUGCCAUGUCUGCCUCCAGAGGCAUCCAAAGUGGAAGAUGGCGAUGUGUACGAAUUGUGACUAUGGCUUUUGCUACGGCGCCCUCUUCAGGGCACACGACCUGAUGCCAUUGGCAGUAAUGUCAGAUCCGAAUUGGAAAUGUCCACACUGUCGCCGUGUUUGUAACACCGGAGCCUGCCGUCGAGAUGCUCGGCAACAUCCUUACGAGCCAAAGAUGACCCUUCUAGGACACGACACGAAGAAAGUUGCUGAUGUCAGAAGCGUAGAAUGUCUCGUGGAUUUCAGUGUCUCCAACCAAAAUUGGCUUCGUGACGACGUGGGGUCGCCUUUGGAGACCUCACGACUUCUUAAUCGGCGCGCGGAAGCUGAGCGAGAAAAGCAGAAUGAUCCGACACUGGAUGAGGGCUACUACGACCAGACCGACUCCCAUCGUAUGAACCGAUAUGGGAUAGAGUACUCGCCCGUUGAGGAAUCGUAUCAAGGUUCCCAGAGACUCAAUGCUGGUCUCAUCGAUCCGUCUUUGGGCGGAGAGGAUGGUACUGGGCCGUCACCCUGUUCACAGAACAGAGCCGCACACUUUGAUCAUGACAGCAACUUCGUGGAGCCUUCAGCUCUUUACCACGAGGGUUAUCAGCCAGUUGACGUUAUGGAUGAUGACGGCGGGCCUUCUCUACUCUACCACCCAGACCUAGGCGGAGAGAUCCCGAGGAACAGCUUAUCUAAGAAGAGAGGUAGAGAUUACGAGGGCGACGAGCAGGUCAAGGUAGUGGGUGCUAAACCAAAAAAACCAAAGAGGGACAGCUCGGGUGUACAGCCCUCUUCGCAGCCCAAGAGUGGGGCGACGAAGCAAUUCCAAAAAGAGCAAGAGAAACGAAAGCUGGAGGAUGCUCGCAAAGCUGGACGAUUUAUCAUGGUCGUUGCGGCCAUGAAAGGUAAAUCUAGGGUCGUGAAACUCUCUAUCAGUGGUGAUAGGUUGGCUCUUUUCCAGGCAGAACAAGCAGCGAAGCAAACGGCGGCGACCACUUCUGGUGCUGAUGGUGCUGUUAGGGAGAGUAGAGCAAUCAUCCAGUCGGACAUUCUUCCACCGCCUCAGAAAGUGAACAAGGAAACGGCGAAAAAACCCAACGCAUUUAGAUACCGCGUUGAAGACGAUGCCGACUUCAAUUCCAGGAGUCGUAAGAGGGUUUCAAACGGAGUUGACGGUCCGCCUAAGCCGAAGUUACGUCCCUGCUACGAGGAGAUUACGGUAGAUUCGGAAGAAGAGGAAGAUUUCCACGAACUUACUGGCAAUGUCAAUGGCAACAACCAUUCACGGAGGGUUUCCUCUUGGCUGGCUCGUAAGGAUCAGGAAGACGGCGAUAUGCCAACUGAACUGCCCGAGAACUUCAAGGACGGAAACGUGAACCCUCAUCGCCGAACUGAGCGUAGGAAGACUAUGCCAAAUUCCAAAGCAGGUGCCCAGAUUCGACCACCUGGCGCCCGUCCUGUCCGAGCUAGUACGGGUCAAAUUUCAGAUGAGGACGGUGUCUAUGAAGAGGACGAUACCCCUACCGGACCGACUCCUUCAGCGUCACCGUUACGUCUAGCAGAGUCCGCUGCGGCAGUGUUAGAGGCACAAAGGAAAGCAGACGAGAAAAAGGAGGCCGAAGAGAACAUGAGGGCGAAAAUGUCGGCUGCCGAAUGGGCAAUGGAUGACGACGACGACCAGCAUUCGGAUGAUGGCUCCUUGGAUGCAUACAUCGAUACCAUUGCUGGUGCUAAGGUGUUUCCACCGAAAUCUGUGUCACCGCCACCAUCGGAAGUCACUGUGCCGAAAGCCGUCGCUGCCAAGUCCAGCAAUUCGAUCCUGUCAAGACCGGGAAUGGCUGGUCGAAAGAUUAAGAUUGUGUCCGCAGCUUCUCGUCAACAACAAAGCAGCACCCCGAAAUCUAAUACGCCGGCUAAAAGAAUCGCUUCUAUCUCGACAACGAAUGGAAACCGCAAUUCUAGUGGACCCACGGAAGUACAGCUGUCAGAGUCUUCAGAAAGCGACGACGAUAGCGGUGGCGAGAUACCGGCAGUCGCACCUGCGCCAAAGGCGAAGGUUAGACGGCCUUCUCUUGGGAAACCUUCACUUGGCGCCUCAGGAUUCACGCCAGUCAAUAAUCCGUCGCUGAAGCGUGGCCGGGGGCGACCGCCUAAGCAGAAGUAG